AUGCCAAGGUCCUCACAGGGCAUCGGCAGCGCCAACAGCGCCUCGACGGAUACUUUCGUCACCGCGCUAGUCUUCAACCUGAUCGUCUUCCUGGCAGAGCUCGCAGCUUUCACCCUCAUAAGACCCCACUUCCCUGCGAUAUAUCAGCCAAGGACUUAUAUUCCCACCGAAGGAAUUCAGGCAAAAUCGCUCACGGAUCGCUGGUUCGCCUGGCCGCUUGCGGUAUUCAGGGCUGACUACGAGCUAGUGAAAGAACACAAUGGAAUGGAUGCCUACUUCUUUGUUCGUUUCCUGCGCAUGACAGUCAAGAUACUACUCCCUAUCUGGAUACUGUCGUGGAUAGUCCUCAUGCCUGUGACUUCCGUCAACACUGGUGUCGCUGGGCACUCAGGUCUCGAUAUCUUCGUCUUUGGCAAUAUCUCCAAUACCGACCAAGCACGAUAUGCUGCACACAUCAUAAUGGCUUGGCUUUUCACGUUUUGGAUCUGGUGGAAUUUGCGUGCCGAGAUGCAACACUUUGUUGUUACUCGUCAACGAUGGUUAAUUGAUCCGCGGAACGCAAAGUCGGCGCAAGCCAGCACAGUGCUGAUCACGGGCAUUCCUCAGAGGUACCUCACAGAGGCUGCGUUGACAGAUCUAUUCUCGGUCUUACCCGGUGGCGUGCGGAAGGUUUGGCUCAACAGGGAUCUCAAGGAUAUGCCGAAGCUCUACGAGCGCCGUCUGAAGGCAUGCAACAAGCUCGAAUCUGCAGAGACAGCACUGCUGCGCAAAGCGGUCAAACUUCACAACAAACACAUCAAGGCGGACGAGAAGGCGGCAAAGAAGGAAGCUAAGAAGGGCAAGAGGCAGUCUACCGACGACCGUCCGCUCACUGACACUUCUACCAUCGACACUGAGCGAAACGACAUCGACACUUUCGUUCCUCGCAAGAAGCGACCGAGCCACCGUCUUCCGCCGUUCUCGUUUCUGCCAUUCUCCCUUCCGCUAAUUGGCAAGAAGCUAGACUCAAUAGAGUGGGCCCGAUCCGAGAUUGCAGAUACGUCUUCCGCACUCGACGAGCGGCGGAACACCCUUGUCAACGACGUCAGCAAGUCUUCGAGCAUGGCUCCCGCUCCAUCGAGCAAACCCGAUGCGUUGAAGCCGAUGUCGGAGGAUCAGACAUACCCGCCCUCGAACGCUGCGUUCAUCCUUUUUAACAACCAGCUCGCAGCGCACCUCGCGGCGCAGGCCCUCACACACCAUAUGCCGUACCGCAUGUCCGCGCACUACAUGAACGUCGCGCCUGCAGACGUCAUUUGGGGCAACCUCGGCAUGAACCCGUACGAAUCCCGUGUGCGCGCUGCUAUUAGCUGGGCCGCCACUGCCGCACUCAUCAUCUUCUGGGCCAUUCCCGUCGCAUUUGUCGGCGCAGUGUCAAACAUUCACGCACUGUGCGACACCGCCAGCUGGCUCGCAUGGAUAUGCAAUUUGCCCGGUGUCGUCGUCGGCAUCAUCUCCGGUAUCCUUCCCCCGGCACUCCUCGCUGUCCUUAUGCUGCUCCUGCCGAUUGUGCUCAGGAUGCUGAGUCGCUUCGAAGGCACGCCUACGAAGACCGCCAUCGAAUUGAGCUUGAUGACGCGAUACUUUUUAUUCCAAGUUAUCCAUUCUUUCCUGAUUGUCACUCUGGCGUCCGGUAUCGUCGCUGCUCUUCCGGGACUUAUCAACAACGUCGGCUCUAUCCCGACACUCCUGGCCCAAGAAUUGCCUAGUGCUUCGAACUUCUUCCUGACGUAUAUUGUCCUGCAAGGGCUCUCCGGGACGGCCUCCGGCUUCCUGCAGGCGUCGCCCCUAGUGAUGUACUAUCUGAAGCUCUUCAUCCUUGGCAGCACUCCUCGCAGCGUGUACAAGGUCAAAUACGGUACUCGAAGCGUCUCAUUCGGCACACUGUUCCCUAGCACUACACUACUCGUCGUUAUCACUAUCACCUACUCUGUCAUUUCCCCCAUCAUCAACGGUCUUGCGUUCGUCACCUUCUUACUCUUCUAUUUCCUCUGGAAGUACCUGUUUCUGUGGCAGCUGGACCAGCCCCGUUCCGGCGACUCUGGCGGCCUCUUCUACCCGCGUGCACUCCAGCACGUCUUCGUCGGCCUGUACUUGCAGCAAAUCUGCCUCGCUGCGCUCUUUUUCCUCGCACGCGACGAGAACGGCAAGCCGAGUGCCCUCCCCGAAGGUGUCCUCAUGAUCAUCCUCAUCGUGCUCACGGCCUUCUUCCACCUCACCCUCAACAACUCCUACUGGCCGCUCAUCAGUGCAAUCCCGCUCAGUCUCGCGGACCAAACGCAGGCUCCCGCAAUCCCCCGCGCGCAGGACGCCAAGCGCCCAGGCGAGACGUAUACCGACGACGGUGCUGUCGGUGGCCCGGACGAAGACCCCUCGACAUACGAGGACUUUGCGCAUCCCGCGGCCGUCGAGUCACAGCGCGUCGUGUGGAUUCCGCGCGAUAAGCUUGGAUUGUUUGCGAUGGAGGAGCGCGAGGACAGGGCGCAUGGUAUUGAGGUUAGUGAUCAGGGGGCGCGAAUGGACGCGAAAGGGCAUGUUGAUAUCGAAGGGCCGCCACCUGGGGAGAACGUGCGGGUAUAGUUUGCCCAUUUUUCGUGUGCUAGGAACUCGAUAUCACAAAUUUUGACUUUGUAUCAUACACGAUUCCCUUGUCAUAACGAUACCUUGUAACGUAGUAAUCAUCAGUGAGUGUAGGUUUACGCGCAUCUGGCUCAUGUCCCGAACAAAUCUCAACAAGCAAGGAGCAAUUUGAUCGACUACAACUUAUGGUACACAGGAGGAAAGGUAGAAUACAACAUUUAUUUGCGGUAGAACUGAGGAAGUGGUCAG